CCAAAACAUACAAAAAAUGAAAACGUUGGUGAUACGUGAGUAAGAGAAAAAGUGACUGGCAACGUGAAUACCCUCUGCCCAAUCCAAGAUGGCGGAGAAAGGGAGGUAUAUAAAGCGCGCCGGCCCUUGCGGAGUCACUAGUAAGCCAUCAGGUGUGAGUGGGGGUGUUUGAGCCUUAGUUCCCGCUCUCAGCUCACUGACUGGAAACGCUCUACACUCACGAUUCGGUGCCGCCAUGGUGACGUCACGCCCACCCGGGGUGCUUCUUACAGUUGCCGUCGUGUUGCUGCGGCUGUGUGUCGGGGUUAUCGCUCAAGCUGAGGACGAGUCAAUCCCAAACGGCCUCACAGCAGUUGACAUCAUCAGGCUUGGCGAUGAAGAUGACGACAUGAUAGUUGGUGUUGCUGGCAAUGAUUACCCGACGUACGCUGAAGUCCCUGACACUUCUUUUAGGUGUGAAGACCAGCAGUCCCCAGGUUACUUUGCUGACCAGGAAGCUGAGUGCCAGGUCUUCCACAUUUGCGUCGCUCAAGGUCGUCGGAUUCAGAAGUUCUCUUUCCUGUGUCCCAACGGCACCAUCUUCGAUCAACAGUACCUUGUGUGUGUGUGGUGGUAUAGCUUUGACUGUGCUCAGGCCUCCCAGUUCUACAGUGUUAACGAUGGUAUCUUCAGUGAUACGGGAUCUCCAGCAUCACCUGGUGGAGGCAACGUUGGUAACCCACGAAUCUCAGGGGCUACAGGUUCUGUGGGCGGACAACCAGGUUCUCCUAGAGCAGGUGGUUCUGCAGGAUCAGGAAGUGAAUUUCCUAAUCAAGAAGUCGGUGGUUUAAAUGGACAACCAGGUUUGGCAGGACGACCAGGUUCCUCAGGACAGCCAGGUUUAGGUGGACAAGGUACAGCUUUUGGAGGCCCCGGAUCUACAGGUGGAUUUAGACCAGCAGACAGGCGCCCUGGCUCAAUUGGGGGAGCAGGCUCAAGGGAUGGCCGCCCUGAUUCGACUGGGGGAGCAGGCACUAGAGAUGGACGCCCUGGUUCGACUGGGGGAGCAGGCACUAGAGAUGGACGCCCUGUCUCAGCAAGCAGAGGCCAAGAAUCACUAGGCCCACAGGGUGGAUUCCCUGCAACACAAGGUGGAUUCCCCCGUCCUUCUGCAUCUGGACAACCUGGACAAAACAAUUUGGGGCAAAAUGUUGCAGAUUUCCCUAGACAAACUCAAGGACAAGGAGGAUUUGGUUCACCUGGUUUAUCUGGCAAUGCAAUAAAUCAGAAUGGAUUUGGUCCUGGGCAGAAUACUGGGGAUUCAGGUUUGGGCCAGGCACAAGGUAUUUCUGGCCCAGGUCAAGCAGGAUUUGGCUCACAGCAACCAGGUCGUGCUACUGGCCAAAAUGGAUUAGGUCUGAGUCAGCAGCAACCUGGACAGACUGGAUUUGGCUCAGCCCAGAGUGGUUUUGGUCCUCAAAAGCCUAGUUCUAGCCCAGGUCAAGCUGGAUUUGGUCAGGGUCAGAGAGGUUCCACCCCAGGGCAGAGUGGCUUUGGGUCUGAACAGACUAGAUUUGGACCAGGUCAGAAUCAGGCAGGUCUUGGUCUAAGUCAAAAUCAAAGACAGCCUAGCCCUGGUCAGAGUGGAUUUAGCUCUGGUCAGACAGGCCUUAAUCCUAACCAAAGAGGAUCUGCUCCUGGACAAAAUGACUUUGGCUCUGGUCAAGCUGCAUUUAACCCAGGUCAAGGACAGGCAGGUUCUACACCAUCUCAAGGUGGAAUCGGGUCAGACCAGACUGGAUUCUCGGGUCCUGGUCAAACCGGAACUAACCAAGGUCAAGGAUUUGGGCCAGGUCAGACACAGGCAGGAUUUGGGCCAGGUCAGACACAGGCAGGAUUUGGAACAGGCCAAACACAGGCAGGAUUUAAGCCAGGUCAAACACAGACAGGAUUUGGAACAGGUCAAACACAGACAGGAUUUGGACAAGGCCAGAGGCAGUCAGAAUUUGGACCAGGUCAGAAGCCGACAGGAUUCGGCCCAAGCCAGAACCAAAUUGGCUCUACUCCUGGACAAAGUGGAUUUGGGUCAGGUCAGGCAGGUCCUGGUUUAGGCUUUGGUGCAGGACAGACACAGACAGGCUCUACUCCAGGUCAAGGUGACUUUGGUUCUGGACAAGAAGGGUAUUCAGGUCCAGGUCAGACUGGAUUUGGACAGAAUCAGCCGGCCUUUGGCACAGGGCAGACACAAACAGGGUCUACCCCGGGUCAAGAUGGAUUUGUUUCAGGUCAGACUGGAUUUGGACCUGGGCUGAACCAAGCAGGUCAUAGACAGACAGGAUUUGGUUCAGGCCAGGGUCAAGUAGGAUCUGGCCAAGGAGUUGGACCAACAGAGGACAGUCAACGUGGAGGUCAACCUGGCCAGAGCGGUUUCUCAAGCCCAGGCCAAAUUGGCACCGAUCCAAGUUACCCAGGAAUUAAUAUAGACCAGACAGCCUUGAAUCAAGGCAGGCCAACUCAAAAUGAAGGGAAUGCUGGCCAAGCAGUCUCUGGAUUUGGUCCAGUUCAGGGUCAAUUAGACUUGGUAUCAAAUCAAGGCCAACCUGGUUUUAUAAAUGGCCAGGUCCAAUCUGAUUAUCAGCCGGCUCAAGGACAAAGUCAGGGAGGAUUAGGUCAAAAUCAGUUACAAUUUGAUACUGCGCCAGGGCAAGAUCAGGGUGGAAUAGGUCAAAAUCAGGGGCAAUUUGGAACAGGUCAGGGCCAAGAACAAGGAGGAUACAGUCCAGACCAAGGACAAGCUGGGUUAAAUGUUGGACAAGGUCAGAAUCAGAUCAAUCCAAAUCAAGGUCAGGGUGGAUUUGGUACAGGCCAAGGACAGUUUGGCCAGAGGGAAAUUGUUCCAGGCCAAACACAACCAGGAUUUGGCCCUGGUCAGAGCCAAAAUGAAUACCAAGCAGAUCAACAGCAAACCGGUUUUGGCCCUGAUGUUUCAAGCCAGAGUGGCCAGGGAUUGCCAAACUUUGGUACUGACUUGAACCAAGGUAAUGUUGGUCUUGGAGUGAAUAAUGUAAUCCAAGAUGGAAUCAGUAACCAAGGAUCAACUAGACAAACAGGAGGAUCUCAGGGACAGGACACUGGGUAUAAUUAUCCCACUCCGGAGACAAGUCUCUUCAUUGGCUCUGGCCCUGCACAAGCAGGGUUUGGAACAGCAGGCAUUGAUGGUAUUCUUGAUGUGCAGGAUUUAAAUCAAGAUGAAAUUUUACUCAUAGAUGAUCAGGAUUCUUUUGACACCAGUUACCAAGGUGAAGGCGGUUCCCAACAACCUGGUCAACAAACUGACUUUUCAGGCAAUAACAUUGGCAACACUGGUACAUCCGGAAAUCUUAAUGAACUUUUAUUAAUUGAGAACCAGGACCCAGCUAUCAACAUUGGAAAUGUCCAAGGUGAAAUUAUUGUCCAACACUCCGGAACUCCAACUGUAGGUGGUAGUUUAACCGGAGAUACUGGUACUAACGAUUUUAAUCCAAGUAUCCAAGGUAAUUCAGGAUAUCAGAAUGAUCAAUUCCAAGGUAACCAAGUAUUUCAAGUAAAUAACAAUGCCCAGGGAAAUGAAAUACUCCUCACUGAUGAUAAUACAUCCAAUGUAGGAUUUUCAGGAAACCAGAAUACUGCAAAUGAAAAUGGAUACAGCUACCCAGGUCCAAGCUCAAUUUCCCCAGGUACUUCAUUAAAUGACAACCAACAAACGUUUAGUGUAAAUGUUCCGCUUCCACCCCAGUCACUUGGUCCCAUCACCUCUGGACUGCCUGCUGUCUCAGAUGACACAAUUUUCAUAUUUACUUCUAAUAACGAUAACGACAGGCUCGAUACCACUCCAUAUCCCGACGUUCCGGCACCAAAGCCAGUCUUUACACCAACUGAAUCCCACAGCCAGGCAGAGGCCCCUGUUCCAGUUGGAGGAUUUGAACCAGCCAUUACAAACUUAGGUUCUGCUUCACCUGAAGGACUGACCCAAAUUACAUCAGGAGAUUUUGGUCUUUCUUUGACGGGAGGCAUAACAUCAAACAAUGCUGGUGGUGUACCUCUUCCUCCUCAGGACUACAUUCCCCCCACACAAGAAUUCGCUGCACGGGAGAGUACCAAAUCACAGAGUUCUCAAUUUAGCUUCUCUGGUUCAUCCACUGGCAACCUUUCGCCUAAUCCAUUCUCAUUUUCUUCAACACCUGUGUCCCUUACAGACAGCCUCAAGCAAGAAGUAGUAGCUCCUGUCACUCAGGAGGCAGACUCACAAUUCACUUUCCCUUCACAACCAAACAUAGGCUCAACCCUUGAUUUCUCAACCCUCGAACAAGGAUAUCUCCCUCCUGUUGAUAAUGGUGAAAUCAGUAACAAUAUCCAACCCUCAAACUCGCCCUCUUUCCCUGAAUUGUCCCCAGCCUCCAUUUCAUUCCCCAGUUCAUCAUCAUUCCCAAGUUCUUCACCAUCGCCCUUCCCCAAUAAUGGUUUCUCUUCCACACCCUCCUCGCCCUCUUCCUCCUACCCAGGAGAUUCAACUUCAUCCUUUGAACCUUCUGUCUCAACCUCCCCACAAAACCCAGUAAGCUUUAACCCAGUGUCCUCAGUUUCUUCUCAGUCAUCAUCUGCUGGUUCUCCCGUUUCUGGUAAUGGGGCAAGUGUAGGAACAGCCCAGUCCUUCCCACAGUCCUUCCCAGCUGGUUCACCUGUUUCUGGAAAUGAAGCUAAUGGAGGAAACUUCGGAAAUGUGGGUAAUCAGCAAGGAGGUCAACAAGCUAUUUCUACUCCUCUAGACCUUGGAUACCUUCCACCUGUGUCAGAAUUCACAAGGAACACCCGUCAAACCAGUCGCCGUGAUAAUAAAAUCUAUGUCACCCCCCUACCUGGUGUGGAGAAGUCCUUUAGAGAGGUUUCAGGUCGACGAGCAUUCCGACCCUCUGUUCAGAUCACUGAUGGAAUGGAUAAACUUGAGUUUAAGCCCAAGACUCCUGCAAAACCCUUCGGAAGGGUGUUCUUCCCGUCCAACCGUCGAAGUGACACUGCUCCAGUGAGGUACAUCGACAAUUCACGAAAAUCCUUCGUGGCGACAUCUUCGUCCCCCUUCAACCCCUUCAAUCAGUACAGCCUUUCCUUUAGGCCCUAAAAUCCCUUGCCAAAUAUUACAACUGUAAACACAGUCUCUGCCAUCAUUAGAAGUAGCGAAAGUUACCAUAAGGUGUAUGAUCAUAGGAUCAUGUUUUGGUGCGACUAUAGAUUUAAGUUAGAUUUAUGUGUGUGUGACAUUCUAACCCUGAGGCUUAGUGCUGUGCACUGCCCGACUACCCAGUCUUUCAGCCCAGAUAUCUUGAAUAACUAAAUAACCAUAAUUGCAGCUAUUGAUAUAGAAAUAUAUGUUAUUGUAUUAAAAUUUGUAAUUCGAAUGUAUUCAAGAUUUCUAGCCACAGUCUGUCAUUAAAUUAUUAACCCUUUAUUUCAAUCGCUCGCAGCUGGUCAGCGAG